UCUGCUGGGGGAGCUUGGAUUUGGCGUUUUGCUGGAGCACUUUACAAAGAACCGUGAGGAAGGCAGGUGUUACUUGGGCACAGGCAGUUUCACAGGACAAACCCCUGCCCUUUAAAAUGAUGAAAGCAGCUGCAGCAAGCAGCACAGAGGAGAGGUGAAGGAGCUCUGACUGGCCUUGGCUCUACAGGAUUUUGGGGAGCACAAGAAGUGCAGGUGUCCUGUGCCCAAAGUGGGGCUAUUUAUCCCUUAUAGGAAUGUGUUUCUUGGUGGCGGAGUGACAAAACUAUCUUUUGUUUUUUUUUUUUAAAGGAAAUAAGCCUAGAAGUUUUUCUCUUCAAUGGUGAAAAGACAUCUCAUUAGACUUAGGGGACUUCAAACUUAAGGAUAGCUAAUUGGACAAGAGCCAAACCAAAAAGUUUUGCUUGGGCAAUUUGCUAGAAAAAGAAGAGAACAAAGAAACUAAUUGCUUUUGUGAGGUGUUUUAUCAGGGGCAAGAACCUCUUGCACCUGGAUCAGUUUUCAUCUGUAAAGAGUUUUGUUAUUUUGCCUUUUAUUAAAACCUUUUCAUUUCCGACACUACCGCAGAAGCCAUCUGCUGAUUUUAUACCUUCUGAGGUAGCUGAGCUGUCUUGGGUGUGAAAUAGAUCUCCAAGAGCUUGUGAGACCUGGCUUGAGGAGAACCAUAUUUCAAUCUGGCUCCACAGUGGGAGUGGGUGGGGACUGACAGAUUGUGGUCACCAUCCUUUCAUUUGUGACCACACAUGCUCACUUUACAGGAGGGGGACCCAGACAAAAGCCACCAGCAGUGACAGAGCUGCCAGCACCCUACAGGCCCUGGAUGGACAUUGCCCAUGAGCUGCCCCAGCUGAUCACGAGCCACCAGCUCCGCUCACGAGUGCACCAGAUGCCGCAGCUGAGCCCGCAGCAGCUCCGAGGGCGUGAGGAGCUGCACUUGGCACACCUGGUGCUCAGCUUCAUCACCAUGGGCUACGUGUGGCAGGAGGGCGAGGAGGGCACCGUGCAGGUCCUGCCCAGAAACCUCGCUGUCCCCUUCUGGGAGGUGUCCCAGGCCCUGGGCCUCCCACCCAUCCUCAGCCAUGCAGACUUUGUGUUGGCCAACUGGAGGAGGAAGGAUCCCAACGGGCCUCUGGAAAUGGAGAACCUGGACACAAUCGUCACAUUGCCUGGAGGAGAGAGCCUGAGGGGCUUCAUCCUUGUCACCCUGCUUGUGGAGAAGGCAGCUGUGCCUGGCAUUAAGGCAAUCCCCCAGGCCCUCGGUGCCACCCUGCAGGGGGACGAGGAGUCCCUGCACAGAGCCCUGGAGGAGCUGGCAGGGGCCAUCGAGGCCAUGAGGGAGGCACUGAGGAGGAUGCACGACUAUGUGGACCCAGAAGUAUUCUACUCUGUGAUCCGGAUCUUUCUCUCUGGCUGGAAGGACAACCCUGCCAUGGCCCACGGGCUCGUCUACGAGGGGGUGUCCGCGGAGGCGCUGGCGUUCUCGGGGGGCAGCGCGGCGCAGAGCACGGUCCUGCACGCCUUCGAUGAGCUCCUGGGCAUCUGCCACCGCCAGGACUGCGCCGCCUUCCUGCUCAGGAUGAGGGAGUACAUGCCCCCGGCCCACCGAGCCUUCGUGGAGCAGAUCCGCGGCGCGCUGUCCCCGCGGCACCUCGUGCUCUCCUCGGGGAACGCGCGGCUCCGCGCUGCCUUCAACCGCUGCGUGUCGGCGCUGGCAGAGCUCAGGUCCUACCACAUCACCAUUGUCACCAAGUACAUCGCUGUGGCAGCCUCCAAAGCCAGGGCCAGGCGGGCAGAGCUGAACGGGGCUGGCCCUGCUGUGGGAAAGGCGCCGUCGGCACUGGAGGAUAAAGGAACUGGAGGGUCGCACAUCUUCAGCUUCCUGAAGAGCAUCAGGGACACCACCAGGGAGGGGAUGAUAAGGGCUUGACUGUGGUGGUGUUUGUGGGUGUGAUGAGAAUCUUGACUCCAUGUUUCAGAAGGCUGAUUUAUUAUUUUAUGAUAUGUAUUAUAUUAAAAAUGCUAUAUUAAAGCUAUACUAAAGAAAGAGAAAGGAGACAUCAGAAGGCUAGAAAAGAAUGACAAUAAAAUCUUGUGACAGACUCAGAGCCUCAA